AUGGACGUCGCGGAACCCGGAGCACCUCGCUCUAACUGGAGCUCUACACCGACCAUCAACUCCUCUACACCUCCUCCCCUGUCCCACGACGCCAUCUUCAAGGACUAUCCUCCUCCCCCAUUCAUGAUGCCCGAUUUCUCUGCCCACGCCGAUGGACCCUCAAUGCACCCAGGACCCAUUCCCAUGCUAGCAUACGAUAGACCACCGCCCUCACAUGGCUACUCGCUGCCGCCUACGUCCACACCUCCCCCACCGCCCCCAAUUCCCGAGUACACGACGAACGGUGGUCCCGAUCGGCACGGGAGGACGCAAGCGCCGCCACCUCACAUGCUCCAAGACCAGCAGCACUCGCGCACUUCCUCCUCACCUGGACCUCAACAAGAUCCGUCCGCAUUCGGGCUGGACGGCGGGCCGGGCGCCAACCACUACGCAUCCGCAGGCGCCAUGCCGCGCCUGCCGCCGAUCCUGCAGGUCGAGAAACAGCAGGUCACGACGUCGGCGACGCAGAUCGCGAGCGCGAGCCGGCGGCGAAAUGAGGCACACUUCGUGUGCCCGGUGCCAGGGUGCGGCAGCACGUUCACGAGGCGCUUCAAUCUCCGUGGUCAUCUGCGCUCCCACACUGAGGAGAGGCCCUUCGUUUGCAAUUUCCCGGAUUGCAACAAGAGUUUUGCUAGGCAGCACGACUGCAAGCGUCAUCAGGCUUUACACCAAUCGGAUAAAGCCCACGCCAACACUUGCCAAGGUUGUAGGAAGACCUUCAGCCGGCUGGAUGCUCUGAACAGACACCGUAAGUCUGGAGGAUGCCCGGGUGCUGGUCCUUCAGUUGACCCCAGUCAAGUACGCUCCGAAGGCGGCUCGGACUGCCGCGAUAUCAUCGCCAGGGAUAAACAAAUGCAAGCGUCAGCCGCACCGACUGUAUAA